ACACGUAUCAGAUUCUCUGUGGUGUUCAGUUCCUCCAUGGGAAACACAUAGCCCAUAGGGAUAUCAAACCUGACAACAUCCUUUUGAGCUCCGAGGGCCGCAUUAUCAAACUGGCAGACUUCGGAAUCUCGAGGAAGCUGGAAGCCAGUCUUCUGACCCAUGGAGCAACAACAGCUGGUCGAGGAACACCUCAGUAUAUUUCACCGGAGGCAGUAAAGGGCAAGGACGACGAGAAAAAGGGAUAUGGCUUAAAGACAGAUAUCUGGAGCGUUGGCUGUGUUGUGUUGGAAAUGGCCACGGGAAAACGUCCUUGGAGUGAGUUUGAAAGUUCGGUACAAGUGUUUUUUGCUGUUGGAGAAGGUAGGACCCCUAAAGUUGCUAAAAAUGUUCCUGGUGAUGUGAAAGAUUUCCUCGCGAAGACCAUCAUUGUCAAGCCUGCACUUCGAUCAUCUGCCAAGGACCUUCUCAAAGAUGAGUUGCUCACAGCGUAUAAAGGAAGCUUGUCGGAUUAUCAAAGGAGUAACAACGGUGGCCUCAGUAGAGGCGUAUUCGGCAGAGUUCACUUAUACCAACAUGUCAGUACCGAUGAACAGAUCAUGGUCAAAAAAACAUAUUUCCAACCAAAUGAAACAUGCGAGGAAUAUGAAAACUUGUUGGUUGAGUUGAAAAUAAUGCGCAAGCUGAGUCGAUUCGACCAUCCGAAUAUCAUUCGAUAUUUAUUUGAGCAUAUUGAUAUGGAUUCCGGCACGUUUUACAUUGGAAUGGAAUACAUGACUGAGGGAUCUUUGGCGAGGAAGAUAAAAGGAAACCCUCUUCCUAAAGAUAACCUAAGAAACUACACGCAUCAGAUCCUCUGUGGCGUUAAGUUCCUCCAUGAGAUACACAUAGUCCAUCAGAAUAUCACACGUAAGUAG